UUGGUUUUUACGUUACAUGUUGUUUGUACCGACUUUAAAAUUCUUAAUGUCAAGCUUAAUAUCAAAGGGUAUUUCCCUUCUCUCUGUUAAUAUGCUAUGCCGUUUACAAGAAGUUGAUUAAUUCAACGAAAAUACAUAACAAGAUUAUCUGAAUCAGCCUACUGAAGUUCAAUUUACUCAAGUGUCAAAAAAUUCAAGCUUCCGGCAAAUUUAUCAAACUGUGACUUCAAACUUCAAAUGCACCCUUUCGGCGUGAAAAUGUGCACCAAAGACUGCUACAAGGUGUUUGGGUACUUUCUGGGUUUCAUGUGGAUCGUAACGUCCUUUUACUACACGAUGGAAACGAUCGAACUGCUCAAACUGAUGAAGUUGCAGUGCACCAAGGAAGGAGCAGCUGAUGCGCCACCCACAACGGCUGUUUCCAUUCAGGCACGUAUCCAGUUCGACUCGGAGCUGGUCGGGAAGGUUUGCGACUUUUAUGGGCGGUUGGAUGGUUUCAUGCCAUACCACAUCAUAACCACCCUCAUCAAAAUGGUGCCGGGGAUGCUGCUAAUCAUUGGAAUUUUCAAGGAUAAUAUAACGUUGGUAAAGGUUUUCAUCGUAUAUGCCCUACUGGAGGAAAUAUUCUUUGUGGCCGUGUUUUCCAAAAUCUUCAGUCAGAUAAGUUCGGAAGGAAAGAAAACCACUUGGCUGUUUUGGAUUCUGAUAUUUUCAUGUGUGAAACUCAUUAUCGGAAUCUGGAUACUACUGGGAGUGUACGCUGGCAUUGAAAACACACGAAGAAUCUACCACAGAUACGUUUAAAGGCACUUUCGGAUGGUGGAAUAAGAGACGGCUGAAUUAAAUCUUUGGAAAGACGUUAUAAUAUUUUAUUUAUUUGCAUAUAAAUACAAAAUUAACAACUGUUGU